AUUAAAAAAAUGAGUCUUCUUUUCUUGCCUAACGAAGUUUUAAUAUGGUGCAUCUUUUCACUGGAUACUAUUUCCAUAUCUGACUUGCAAAGUCUUAUGGUUUCCUGUCGGCCUUUAUACAACAUUAUUCGAGAAUCAGAUGAGCUAUGGAGGCUCAAGUUCAUUCAAAGGUGGGGCAAUUUUCUUUCGCAGACUCCCAAUAGCUAUGAAAAUGAUUGGUUUGAGUGGACAACUAUGAGAUUAAAGAAAGCAAAAGAAGUCCAAGAAGCUGUUCUAAACAUGUCCUCUGUAGCUUAUCCAUUGGGUCAAUCUCCCCUCAUUGUGAUCAAUAAGUUGAUUGCGGGGUCAUAUCCCAUUCCUGAAUAUGUGCAGAAUGAACUUGAAGAAAUCGUCGAUGAGAUAUUUAUUUUAAUAAUUUUCAAGAGGUAUGCCUUGCAACUUUAUCAAUUCGGCUAA